AUGCGCUUAGACUGUUUGGAAAAACGACUAGCGAAAGCAUUUGGUCAUUACAGUGGCCUAGUAGUUCUGUGUCCAUUGCCAUUCAUCCUCAUCCCUAUUUUCAUCACCAUCGGCCUCUCUACUGGGCUUGUAUGGCAUGGACAAGCAUUUAUGAAGGAUGAGCUCGAGCUCUAUACGCCAACUGAUGCCCAGGCCCGUGUUGAGGUGCGCGAACUCGAUUCCUUGUUCCACAUCAAUGAUUCGGAUCCGUUCUACGCAACCCGGAGAUAUGACAUAAAACGAGCAGGUUAUAUCAUCAUCACCCAUCGGGAUGAAGACGAAGACGUACUGAACCCGCUAGUCAUGCACGCAGCCAUGCAACUGUGGAGUAUUGUUCAAUCACUGACAGUAGAAGACAAAGACGAUCGUCGUAUCAACUAUCCAGGGAUCUGUGUAAAAUUUCCUAUUCCACCUGAGUUCGUCCGCACUUUACACAAAUUCUUCAGCUCGAAUAUGACCACGCCUGACCAAAUCUGCGUCUCCAAUCCUCUGGUGGAAAUGUUCAAGCUGCUGCUGGUCUCGGAUCGAUCGUUUGUGAACCAGUCAAUCGAUGAGAUGACGUUGGGACAAAUCACUGAAGCUAUUCACCUCGAUGCCGGUAGCAUCAUUCAUCUACUUGGUGGAGUCACACUCGACAGCGAGAAGAGGAUUGCAGGUGCAAAAGCGAUGAUGCUGCCGUACGCAUUACGACAUUCGGCACGAGGUGAAGACUGGCUGGCAGAACAGUGGGAGCUACGGCUUGCCGACUUCCUACUUCAUUACGAUUCACCAGUGAUCCGCGCAAACUGGUGGACUUACGAAACGCUGGCUGCCGAGAGUGCUAGGGAUCGCAACCAGUUGAUCAGAAUGCUCGGCCCAUGCUUCAUCGCGGUUUCGCUUUUCACUAUAGCAAUGUGUUGCGUAUUUUCAUGGAGGAGAUCGAGGCCUUGGCUUGCCAUCGGUGGUGUCAUAUCCGCUGCGAUGGCCAUUGCUUCUGCCAUAGGACUGCUACUUCUACUGGGAUUCGGUAUGACCAGUGUCGCCUACUCAAUGCCGUUCAUCGUCUUCUGUACGGUUUCUCCUUCAGCUUUUUUCGAAACUUUACUUUUUUCGAACAUCCGAGGAUAG